AUGACGUCCUUCUCAUCACUCCUCUCGUCCAUCUCUGGACAGCCUCAGGCACCGCAACCGAGGCCUACAACUACAUCGAAGCCCUCAGGCGCAUCGGCCGGUGCGCAGGCCUUAUCAAACGGGGCCCGGCCUCAGACGAGCAAUGCCGCAGCGGGUGUCAAGCGCAAGCCCGAAGACCAGGCAGCAGCCCCAAAGUCCAAGGUAGUCAAGACUGAGGUCAGCGUGCCUGUACGGCCACCUGGGCAAUCCUCGACCGCAAAGGCUGCCCCGCCUGCCCCCGCUGGCGAAUACCGAGGAACCGCGCGAGGUCCAGGAGCGACUACCUCCUCAGCACGACCGAUCGCAAAGCCUGUCCCAAAGCUGAGCACAGCCACUACAGCCACCGCAUCAGCAUCCACCACCCAAAGCCCCGCCGUGCCAAAUGCCGCCCCAAAGAAGCGUGGGUUCGCCUCUCUCAUGGAAAAGGCCAAGGCUGCCCAAGAGGCCGCCAAAGCCGUUGGUUCUAGUACGAUCAAGCACAAGCCCGUGGAGCGAUUGUCGAAGCGUGAGCGGGCGAAGUUGGCAGAAGAGGCAGCCAAGCAGCAAAAGGCGGGUGGCAAGGCGGGCAAGCUGGUCGCGAAUGAUAGAAGCAGGAGCGGUACACCAGUUGAUGCGAAGGGCGGACUCAAGAAGGCACCAGAGCCUACAUACAAGGGAACAAUGAAGAAGGGAGUGGAGAGGCAGGAAUUCGCAUACAAGGGUACUGCGCGGAAAGCAGAGCCUGGAGCACCAAAGGCCAAGACAGCCGCCACGAAGGCUCGUGAGAGCAAGUACAACGGCUAUGUUAGCUGGUCGGAUCUCGACGAUGCAGAAGAUGAUGAGGAAGAGGGCUACGAUUCAGAGUCCGACAUGGACGCAGGCUUCGACGACAUGGAGUCUGAGGAGAAAAUGGCACUCGCCGCGGCCAGGAAGGAAGACCAGGAGGCCCUGGAGGAGGAAGAGCGUCACAAGCGAGAGAAGCUAGAGCGGAAGAGGAAACUUCAGGCUCUUAGCAAGAGCGCGGCUGCUCGCAAGAAGUUCUAA